UGCAACCGUGACACCUUUGCUAACUCAUGACGAAGUUCAUGGAUUUCCUUUUGAAAUGAUCAUGACGAGACUGCAACAGUUGGAGUAUCACAUCAUUGAGAAAGAUCUACAAGCUGACGCAAGGAUCACCAGCCUUAUCAGUGCAGUGGAUAAUCUCGUAGUGUCGGUCGACAGGUUGAAUUGGUUAGCACAACAAAGUGGUCAUACGAUCAAUGAGCUUGGUUAUAACGGUAAAAUGAUUGGACAGAAUCUUACCGCUUUGCAACGAGAUGUGAGGGAUUUGCUAGCAAGACAGCAAACGCUUAUCACGCGCCAAGAGCUCAGCCAACUCGCUCUACAAGGACGAUGUAAUGCCACGUUUGAUGGUCUCUCUGGGAGGAAAUACUCUUCCUGCAAGACAUUACCGUUUCGCACAUCCGGAGUGUAUCAGAUUCAUCCGGAAAAAUCGUUCAAGGAGCCGAUGACGGUGUUGUGCGAUCAAGAGUACGACUCGGGAGGAUGGGUUGUCAUACAGCAUCGCUUCGAUGGAUCGACCAACUUCUUGCGUGACUGGAAGGAGUACAAGAAUGGGUUUGGUGAUCUGGAGGGUGAGUUCUGGCUUGGACUUGAUCGUAUUCAUCAGCUCACCUCAUCGAAACCGCAUGAACUGGUGGUGCUUUUGGAGGACUUUGAUGGUAACAGUACCUACGCAAAGUAUGAUCUGUUCGAGAUCGGAGGAGAAAGUCAAAAAUACACGCUGAGCAAGAUAUCGGGAUACAGUGGAACAGCUUCAGAUGGUUUAACUGGCCAAGCUGGAAUGAAGUUUACAACGAUCGAUGCAGACAACGAUACUUGGGACAAAAACUGUGCAGUUGAGUUUACGGGCGCUUGGUGGUACACGGCGUGUCAUAACAGCAACCUCAAUGGGCAAUAUCUCCGGGGUGAAACCAAAUUAUAUGCCAAAGGUAUGACGUGGGCUCCAUUUCGAGGACAGCAUUACUCACUGAAAACGUCAAAGAUGAUGAUAAGACCAACCGAUCAAUAAUAUGCAACAUGCACCAUAUGUUUGUCUCUUCGUGGUACCAGUGAACAAUAUAGAGUAAAUUAAUCAAACCUUAGUAAUACUCUAAUCAGAGUAGUUAACUAGAGUAAUAACUUGUUCGCUCGAAACAUGUACACGGUAUAGGUGAAUGCAUGGAAUCCUCCCGAAAAUACACAACUAACUCCUCACCCGAACCAACGAACCCGUUCAGCUGGAAAGCUGUAACGGAACACACUAUCACACUUCAUCUAUCGACGGAUUUUGGAUAUUGUUGGAAUGCAUCAAUGUGAACGCGAAACUUCACACCGACAGUCAGUGUCGGAAUCACGGAAACAUGUCGGAAAUGGAUGGAAAUGGAAUGCCACCAGUAGCGAGCAGUAGCAGUCAGCAAAUAGCGACAGCGCGCCAUCAUUUCCUCGUUUAUGCAUCCGAUGC